AUGGGUGUCCCCGCCCUCUUUCGAUGGCUGUCCAAAAAGUAUCCCAAGAUCGUGUUACCCGUACGUUCCCAUCGUGCGCAAGUAAAGGCCUCCUCAGCUCUAGUGGGCCUCCGACAUGAACAUCGAGCUGACUUGUGAACCGGCUCUCAUGCACAGGUAAUCGAGGAUACACCUGUCAGUGUCCCUGGUCCGGAUGGCCAGAUGGACGAGUUGGUGAGUGGGAAUGCACGAGAUGGGUGUGCUACCGUGCACGAGGGGCGGCGCAGUCGCUCACCUCGGCCUGUCCGUCGAUCGCUUUCGCCUAACCACUGCCAUGACUUUCUUACAGCCCAUCGACACUUCGGGCGCGAAUCCGAACGGGGAAGAGUUUGACAACUUGUAUCUCGACAUGAACGGCAUCGUGCAUCCGUGUACGCACCCCGACGGCAAGGUCAGUCGUUCGAGAAACCCCUCUGGUGACCGGUGCGUGAAUCACAACUGACACUUCCUCCUCACCAGCCCGCCCCCAAAACGGAACAAGACAUGAUGCACGAGGUGUUCCUCUACACCGAACGCGUCGUCGCCAUGGUCCGACCGCGCAAGUUGCUCAUGAUGGCCAUCGACGGCGUCGCCCCGCGCGCCAAGAUGAACCAGCAGCGAUCCCGACGCUUCCGAUCCGCCGCCGAGGCGAAAGUGAAGGAGGAGGAGAGGAUCAAAGCUAUUGAGGAGUGGGAAGCGAUGGGCAAGGAGGUCAGUGACGAGAUGAGGGGCGGGAAGGGGUGGGAUUCGAACGCCAUCACGCCCGGCACGCCCUUUAUGGACCUCUUGGCCAAAAGUCUGAGGUAUUGGGUCGCCAAAAAGCUCAACGAGGAUCCAGGUUGGGCAGGGGUCAGUACAAGCACAUUUUGGAGGGGUUGGGUAGUAGUACACUGACCCUCACGUAACAUGUCACAGCUCCAAGUCAUCAUCUCGGACGCCUCGGUCCCGGGAGAAGGCGAGCACAAGAUCAUGGACUUUAUCCGUCGCCAACGCAGCCACUCUUCGCAUGACCCCAACACCAAACAUGUCAUCUACGGCCUCGACGCCGAUCUCAUCAUGCUCUCCCUCGCGACACACGAGCCCUACUUCCGCGUCCUACGUGAAGACGUGUUUGCGCAAGACUCGAAAAAGCCCCGAGGGUGUCACACCUGCGGUCAACCGGGUCACCACUCGUCGCAAUGUACGGGCAAACCCAAAGAUCCACCCCUGGAAGGAAGAGCGGACCAGCUCGUCAAACCCUCGCCUCUGAAACCGUUCAUCUUCCUCGACGUCUCGAUCCUUCGCGAAUACCUCGCCGUCGAACUCUCCGCGCCCGUGCAUUCCUUUCCCUUUGAUUUGGAACGCGCGAUCGACGAUUGGGUUUUUUUGAUCUUUUUCGUCGGUAACGACUUUUUGCCCCAUUUACCUUCGUUGGAGAUUAGGGAAGGCGCGAUCGACACGCUCAUGACGAUUUGGAAGAACUCGCUCGAACCCAUGGGUGGGUAUUUAGCUCAACAUGGUAAAGUCAAUCUCGAACGAGCGCAACUCAUCCUCGAACAACUCGCGUCGAGGGAGGAUGAAAUCUUCCGCAAGCGUCGGGAGGCAGAGGAGCGGCAAGACCGGAAUGAGAAGCGGAGGAAGUUGGAGAACGAUCAGAGGAACCACGGGAAGGGAGGACAGGCGAGUGGUCAAGUCGGCGUCAAUUGGCAAAUGCAAAGGGAGCAGGACCAAAUGAAAGGCAUGAGUCAAGCGGCCUUAUCGAAUGGUCUGUCCGAUUACGGGCAACAUAAAGAUCUAUCUUCGAAUGGCGGAUUGCCCCCUAAACCGACUUGGGUCGAUCCGAGCUCGCUUCCCGCUCCAUCGAAAGGGGACGUCGCAUCCAUGGUCGGGAGCAACGCGAGUAUCGUCGCGAAUCGGAAAGCGAUCCGGAUGGCGAACCUUUCGGCGAGGGAUAUGAUCAAGGCUGAGAUGCAGGCGAGCAAUGGAGGGACGGAAGAGACGCAGAAAGAGAGGAGCGGCUGGCCGACGGCGUCGAAGCAGAAUUCUAGUGCGGCGGAGUUGUUGAAGAAGCAGAUGAUGGGUGGGGAUGAGGAGGAGGAGACGGAACAGGAAGUAGAGGCUGAGGCUGAGAAGGCGGACGAGGAGAAUGGCAGGAUGGCUGCAACCGAGCCUGAAGCCGUGGACGAAAAGAAGGACGAGGCGCCCCAGAUCGACGGGGAGGCAUCCGCCAUCGACGUCGACGUCGACGCGAGCGAGGCAUCGCCUCGAGGAACAAAACGCAAGGUCGAGGACGUCGAGCCCGAGUCGGCCGAAGUGACUGACCUUGAAGACGACGGGGAGGACGACGACGAAAGCUCCGAAGAUACCUCGAUCGUUGUCCCCGGCGGAGUGCACAAGGUCAAAGUCGCUCCUCUCAAACACAUGGGGAACAAUGUCGUCGAACAGGACGACAUGGUCAAGCUCUGGGAGCCGGGAUAUAAGGAACGCUACUACCGCCAGAAAUUUGGCGUCGAACUGUCCGAUCUCGAGUUCAGGAAAUCGAUCGUCAAGUCCUACGUUGAGGGUUUGUGCUGGGUCCUCGAGUACUACUACCAAGGCACGCCAUCGUGGCAAUGGUAUUACCCGCAUCACUUCUCGCCGUUCGCGAGCGAUUUUGUCGAUUUGAAGGACCUCGAUAUCAAUUUCACGUUGGGGCAGCCGUUCAGGCCUUAUGAGCAAUUGAUGGGUGUCUUCCCCGCCGCCAGGUGAGUUGUGUUCGACUCCGCCGCGAUUUUGAGCAAGCCACUGAUUCAUCUUCGUCACUUCUCACAGUCGUUUCCAUCUCCCCGAGCCUUUCCAACCGUUGAUGACCGAGUCCGACUCGCCCAUCAUCGACUUCUACCCCGAAGAAUUCGAAGUCGACAUGAACGGCAAAAAGAUGCUCUGGCAAGGUGUCGCUCUACUCCCCUUCAUCGACCCCGACCGACUCUUGACGGCAAUGGGGACCAAGUACCCCCUUUUGAGCGAUUUCGAGAAUCACCGCAAUCAAAUGGGUCAUGAUUCGCUCUUCGUGAUGCAGGAACAUCCUUUGUACGACUACCUCGAAGGGCUGUACACCAAACGAAGAAUCCAAGAACCCGUCGCGUUGGAUACGAAACGCUCUAAAGGCCUGGCCGGACUCGUCCUCCCCGAAUCAACUUGCAUCCCAGGAGCCAUCUACGAUUCCCCCCUGCCUUCCCUCCCGGACAUCCAAUCCGAUCGAUCGAUCUCGGCGGAAUACAAAUUCCCUGAACAAAAGACACCGCACAGAAGCAUACUCCUCCCCGGAGUCAAAGUCGCGAGACCGGUGUUGAGCCAACAUGAUCGGGAUGGCGUGAGGAGAGGUGGGGGUGAACAGAGAUACGAGGGGAAUAAUGGGUUCCAUGCGCAGAGGAGAAACGAGCAGACGGGACCGGGGUUCCAUAAGCGGGAUCAGGGGCAGAGAGGUCAGCAGGGGUAUCAGCAGGGUGGGUAUCAGCAAGGUGGUGGGGGAGGUGGUGGAUAUCAACAACAGCAAAGACCGGGCGGGUAUCAGGGUCAAACUCAGCAAGGUGAGAUGCUUCGACUGCAUUAAAAUUUGUCAGGUUCGGGGAUUGAUCGUGUAACCCUUUUCCGUUCCCUUCCAGGUGGUUAUGGAGGCUACGGCGGUGCGCAAGGUUACUACGCCCAACAACCCGUCGCAGCAGGCUAUGGCGGCUACCAACCCCCCGUCACCCAACCCAGCUACGGAGGCUAUCAACCCCCACCCCAGGCUGGCGGAGUCUACGGUGGUCGAGGUGGUGCACCUCCAGCACCCGCCGGCUACUACCCUCCACCCCCUAUCGCUCGUCCGCAAACGACCUACGCCGCACUUCCACCCGGGAUGGGUAGCGCGUAUGGUGGUGCACGACCUGCUCCCAACGCGGCCUACCAAGGUUAUCAACCACCUGCUCAUGGUCGAGGACCACCGGGUGCUCCUCCUGCUGCGGCAGCUUAUGGUGGUUAUGGAGUCAGUGCACCACCACCCCCUGGUGCGGCGAGUGGGUGGCGACCGGGUCAGCCCCCGAGGAGAUAA